GCUCUUCUGAUUCGAGCCUGUUUGCUGCCUUGCGCCGCCAUUGGCUCUCCGCUGAUUGGAGGAGCUUCUGCUCCGCGCAUCUUCCAUUGGAUCGCUCACCGUUCGCAUGAGCGAGAUAUGCAAAUUGACUUGAUAUGCCGGCGGCGAGCGGAGCGGAACGCUGCCACUGAGGGGAAGCGGCGGCGCGCGCUGGGCUGAGUUGAGCUGAGCGCGAGCGCACCGAAAAGUGGACCCGCUCUUGUUGACGCUGUUGCCAAUGACCGUCCGCGCGAGCCCCUGAUCCACGGAUCCACGCAUCCACGUGUUCAUGAUUCCAGACUCGUCGCGGUGCCGCUCGCUUCCAUGAACUGCAGGGUUUUGCGUAUCUUGAACCCCAGACCAAUGCCGGAUUCCAUCAUGCCCGUCGACGUAGCUAUGAGGAUCUGCCUGGCUCACUCGCCACCCCUGCGGAGCUUCCUCAGCUCGUACGAGGACUGCAGGACAAGGAACCUGGUCAACCGGUACAAACCGCUAAGACCGUGCAUCAGUUCCAAGCAGGAAGUCGAACCCACGAACUUGGGAUGGAAAAGCCCAAAGGCCAAGGGGAAGAAGCGGGUGGUGUUUGCCGAUUCCAAGGGCAUGUCCCUCACGGCCAUCCACGUCUUCUCCGAGUUCGAGGAGGACCCCCUCUCGGAUCUGCAGUUCGACCUGUCGGACAUCGGGGACGCCGCGGUCGGCAUGAACGCGACCAAGGAGAAGGGUCCGUCCCUGGACUUCCCCCAGCCUGCUGCAGAUUACCUGGACUUCAGGAACCGCCUCAUGAAGAACUUCGUGUGCCUGGAGAACUGCACGCUCCAGGAGCGGUCGCUGGCCGGAACGGUGAAAGUGAGGAACGUUAGCUUCGAGAAGUCGGUGCACAUCCGGAUAACGUUCGACGCGUGGAAAAGCUUCACGGACGUUCCUUGUACCUUCAUGAACAACGUGUACGGCUGCGCGGACACCGACACCUUCUCCUUCGUCAUCGAGCUUCCGAGCUCGACGUCGCCCGGCGAACGGGUGGAGUUCUGCGUAUGCUACAAAAGCCGGGAUCGAACGUACUGGGACAACAACGACGGGAAGAACUACGGGUUGGUCCACAAGGAAUGGGAGAGCGACGGCUGUCCGACCCCGCCCCCCCGCCGGAACAAAGCGCCGGACUUCAGGGACCAGGCCAAGCGACCGGAGAUGGAGUUUGAUCAGUUUGGAAGCCCCAGGACGUCGAGCGGAUUCUUCCCCGAGUGGCAGAGCUGGGGUCACAUCGAGAACGCCGCCCCCUACUGGUGAUUACGCGAGGCGAUCGCGGGAGGCUCUCGAGAGAUUCUGGAACGUUCGAGUCCCGCGCGAGACGGGGGGUCGCGAGCCACAGGGAAACGGCAGAACCCACAAUCCCGAUGCACUUUUUCUUCCGUGUGAUUCCUCGCCACGAAUAGAAACGCUGCACAGCUUUUCCAAACUGUCCCAUGGGAACGUAUAGGCCGUCUAAGGUAUCCCUGUUCUUAUGUGGCUGUUUUCGGGGUAUUUUGUGGGUAAGCCUUCGCGUGACAAAUGCAAACGUUAAUAGAGCCUGCAGGAAUGGCACUAACCGAACUAAAUUCCAAAUAAAUAGCCGAGAAGCUUCCGGAGUCGGGCGGAGAAUGUGACCUCCGUAGGGAAAAUUAAGGUUAAAAUACUAGCGCAGCGUUCGUAUUAUUUCAAACCUCGAACGUGUUCUUUUACUUAUCGAUGUAAUGACCUGUGUAGACGAGGAGCGACGGGGAGGAUUUUCCUAACGCGUGCCAAGAGCUGAAGCUUGUUGUUAAUUUUAACGCGGUAAAUAACAUAGAUGCCUUCCUUUUUGGAACUGUGUCUGAUACUGUUUGAGUGUAAACAUUGCAGCGGUGCUGCUGAACGUCCCCGUGGGAAACUCGAAGGCAAGGCCCCCACGACACAACUUGGGGUUAUUCCUGCAAGAAAAAAAAAAAAAGGAAAAAUAAGCAUUUGAUAUAAACAAUACUGUAGAUUUUUACACUGAUCAAGUUUUCCGAGAUACGCUGAAGAUAAAGUGGAACCUUUUCUUAAAGUGCACGUAGAAAAGUGCCUUUUUCUUCAAGUAAGCACAGGUGAAAAGCAAGUAUAAUGUGAUUUUUUUUUUUUUCCCUCCAAUCUUCCUGUUUUCAAGCACAGCUGGAGGACACAGCUGCACGCGUGUAAUGCAAUUGACACGAAUGUCACUUUAAGGGAUUUAAGGAGCGGGAUUUUGCACUGAUGGAAAACGCGCCCAUUCGUUCUGCGAAUGAGAAGGCGGAGGUGUUCGGAACGCCGUGGCUCCUUCACAUUGAAGGCGUUUAACGUCCACGGUCGCGUUCGUUCGACGGCUUUGAGAGAAGAAAAGGGCGGCGGCGACAGAGCGGGGGGAUUGUCGCUCGACGGCUCCCGAAGCCCUCCGUCGCUCGGGGUUUCCCGGGAGCCGCCGGCGAUCCCCCUUCCCGGCGUCGCGCCCGAACGAACGUUUGUCUGCAUCCCUUUCGCCUCGCUGCUCACGAUGCGCUUCUCCUCACCCCACCUCUGCACCCGAGCGCUGCUUUACGCCCUCUGCGGCUCCGCAGCCCACGGCGCGCGUCCUCCAUCGUUUGCCAAGCGAAGGGGAGCGGGCCGGACGACCCGGCACGUUACCGAUGGCAUGUACGAGUACGUAAGGGACAUGGGAAGUGACUGCGGAUGACGGCUGGAAGGGAAACGUGCGAAGAGUGAAGAGCGAAGAGUGGGCGUCUUUGCUUUCUCCUGUUUUUUCGUGCGCCCGUCCUUCUCGGGGAGGAGGCGGGUCGGUGUUGAAGAGCGGUUCCUCGGAUGUGCGUGGCGAUUCGAAGACGGAGGGCGACGGCGUCAGCGCGGCUCGUCGCCCUCCCAUCAUUUUCUACUGCGAAGACGCGUCUGUUUGUAAGAACGGUUUCCUGUACUACCUGUUUCUUUCGACAAAUAAAAAUCUAAUGUUUAUUUUGCGGAAGAGUCGCGUCUCUCCAUCCACGCAGGUGUCACCCACUUACUGCGCUCGCAGAGUAAACGAAACCACGGUCCACAUGUCGCGUCUGUCCCGCCACCACAACGGAACCUGCUGCCAUCAAACAUGACGAUCGAAAGCACAACAGCUGCAUCAGAGUAAUUCCCUGAUACUGCGCUUGGUCCAUGUGCACAUGCUGAAUAUAACUUAUGGAAAUUUGGUGCUGAUGAUCAUUUUUAUAGACAGCCAGUUAAAAAAAAAAAAGCACAAGCAAUAGUUCUACUAUUAGUACUAUUGUGCAGUAACCUGUCAUAAUAAUAAGAAAAGUGCGGGCCCUUGCAUCGGACAGUCACGGGUUUGAAUCCCACCUGCAGUGCCCUCGAGCAAGGUAUUAUUUACCUCGAUCUGCUCCAACAGAAAUUAGUGCACUGUACAAAUGGGCAAAUCAUUGUAAACAGUUUGAGUGUAAGUCACUUCGGAGAAAAGCAUCAGUUACAGGAGGAAAUGUGAAUGUUUAUAUGGAAGUAGUGUCAUGAUAAUAAUUCCAAGCCCGUUAAAAGCUUUUUAAAAGCCAGACUAGCGCAACGAUUCACACAUAUAAGUGGGGAUAUUUAUACAGUCGUUUGGAAGUUUGGUGAAAAAGAGGAAGGACUGGAGCUCACCGCCAGGUACAUGCGAGAAACUGUAUUAGUUUGAGAUGCCGAGCGACGAUGCUGGAGCGCUGGGAACGCGGAGCAGCCUGUGUCAUCUGGGGCCCCGUGUUGGGCAUUAAACACAGCAGGGAGCGACGCGGGCCGGUCGGCAGGGAGUUAAGGAGACAAAGAGGCCUUAUUAAACAAGCAGCGAGGAGAUGCGGGGGGACUGGCGGACGUCCCUCUGGACAGAAGUUACUGCGGUAGACGGGAUGUCAC